AGGGCAGCAGGAGGAGAAGAGCGGCGGGCAUGGCGGCGCCCGCAGCGUUACAGAGGAGCGUGGUGGCCCCCAUGGGCAGGCACACCGCCUCCCUCAUCUUUCUGCACGGCUCAGGUGAUACUGGCCAAGGAGCAAGAGCAUGGAUAAAACAAAUUUUGAACCAAGACAUGGCUUUCCAACAUAUAAAAGUAAUUUACCCAACAGCUCAUGCCAGGCCGUAUACACCUAUGAAAGGAGCCUAUUCCACUGUAUGGUUUGACAGGUAUAAGAUCUCUAAUGACUGUCCAGAACACAUUGAAAGUAUCGAUUCUAUGUGCAAGAGACUUACGGACUUGAUCAACAAUGAGAUUAAAAGCGGCAUUGCAAAGAAUAGGAUACUAAUAGGAGGCUUUUCAAUGGGAGGUGGAAUGGCAAUGCAUCUAGCAUAUAGGUUUCAUCAAGAUCUGGCAGGAGUCUUUGCUUUGUCUAGUUUUCUCAAUAAAGACUCUGCUGUUUACCAGGCUUUGAAAAGAAAUGAAAAUGUUCUUCCAGAGUUAUUUCAGUGUCAUGGAACUGCUGAUGAUCUAGUUCUCUACUCAUGGGGUGAAGAGACCAACAAGACGUUAAAAUCACUGGGAGUAUCAACAUCACUUCAUACUUUUCCAGAUCUUAAUCAUGAGCUAAGCAGACUUGAAAUAGAAAAACUACAAACUUGGAUUGUAAAGAAAUUACCUGUUGAAGCACCGAAGACAAAUGAAUAAAAGAAGAUGCAGCUUUCAAUUACUUUCUGAUUUGGGGGUUUUUAAGAUCACACAUGGCACGUAUAUGUGUAUCUCAUGUACAUUAUGUAAGCACAGCUUCAGGUAGACACUGUUAAAUCCCUGAAAUUCACUUAAGUGGUGAAACGAUGAUGCUGACUAUUAACACUUGUUUUAUCAUAUGGGGUUUUUUUCUGUUUUCUUGUCCAGUUUUUAAAAAAAACAUGCACAUAAGUUUAUGGAAAAUAAUUGCUGAUAAUAGUAAAACCAUUCCUAAAUAAUCAAACCAGGAAGUAUUGCUUUGAACUUCAUAGAUACCUUUUUUGUGUGUGUCUGUGUUCUAAGAUGAAAACAUACACAGUGCUAUGGUUGUCUUUUUGAUGGCAUUAUAGCAGAAAAGGGCCAGUUACUAAAGCAAUGAACCUUUUCUUGUAGAAAUAAAUACACAUAUUAAAGCUAGUUAACUGAGAGAAACUAUAUUAGCAUCGGGGAAUGAACCUGUAUUAAAGCAGAGUUCUGUGUCACCUCAAAAAAAUUCGCUGAGGUUUGUGUUAUAUUUUUAUGUCAUUAGUAGCUGAGUCUAGUUGUACCACAGGCUCUUGUUACUACCAUUCUCAUUGUUUAGUUACUCAGACACCUAGCUUUAUGUGAGUUGCUUGAGCCCUCUGUGGUUUAUAGUCAAGUUUUAAAAAAAAGUGUCAUCAUGAUUGUUGAGAUCUAUCCUGUUUUUGAAGAAAUCAUUCUUUGGGAGCUGUGCCUUUUGAAACUUAUUUUUGCCAACAGUUUUAUUUUUGGCGAGCAAGUUCACAUUUUUAAAUUGGAAGAUGAGGAUAUUUGACUCCUCCAUGAUUGCUGAAGAGUUGUAAAUAAUGAUUGUGAUAUAAGGAAAACUUGUAUCCCAUUAUUUUAAUGCUCGAUGAUUCAUCUCUGUGUCAGUUUGAUAAAUUAACUCAGAGUAUAAGUAUCUCUUCUUAUGUAAUUUUAAUGCUUUUUUUAAAUUUUCCCUCUAGCCCCAUUUUCUUCUCCCCUAAUUCAGUAAUUUUAUUAGCAUGACAAGGUAUUCAGCCUUUUGCCAAAGUCAAUAGAUCCAAGUCUCUUGCUUAAUCCUCUCCUUCCCCCCUUUUCUUGAAGAGUGGAUCUGGGACACUGCUGUUAGCUCUGUCACAGCAGAUUGCUGCCAGUACUGGCUAUGACUCGAGAAGUGUCGGCCAACUCCAGGGGACAAAGAGUUUUGUUUGAAUCCUCAUGCACCGAGGCCAGCUUUUACCUAUCUUGAAGAAUAAGCAAAGGGCAAAAAAUGUCACUGUUCAAGUACAAGGCAUGUAAUUGGCAGUAGCAAGUAACAACUUCCUGCUGCUAAAAAUAUUUUGCUUUAUUUCAUUUUGCUAGCAUUAGCAAGUCAGCAGUCUGUUCUGAAAAACAGGAUUUUAAAUGGCACAUGAAAAGUCAGCUAUUUGAAACAGUAACUGAACAGCUCUUUUUUUGUGGUGCUCUAGGCUUCCUAAUUACUUCAAAUUAAACUGCAGCAAGUGCUUUCAGAGGCAGCUGAGCUAACAUUGCCUUAGCCCAAUGCUAAUUACAAGCCUUGACAAAUGAAAUUGUAGCAUUUUAGCGAUAAUACAUCAUUUUGAACUUCACACCGUUUGCUGCUCUUCCUGCCGUUCCUGUCGGGAGGCUAUUUGAGCCUCUAAUGCACAGUGGUAAUUCGUUUUGGUGACAAGUGCGUUCAGAUGGAGAAGCAGCAGGCUCCUGGCAAGGUGGCUUUUAACAAGGGCAGAGAAUAGCACAAAACAGUUGAAAUUAACAUCGUGAAGGAAAUAGACAUUAUUACCAAGCCAAACCCAGUUCUUUUGGUUGUUUUUGCGGUCUCGAUAAUUGCAAAUAGUCAGUACAGAGUUUGGUUUUGUUCCCUUGAUAGACCGAGAAGCAAUUACAAAGGUUUGCAUUUCAUGAUCUUCUUAGAAAACAGCAAAGGCCUCAGUUUGCAUGUUUUCUUCCAUGGCUUGUGAGAUGCCAACUAAUUAGAGGAUGCAUUAUGCCGUAAGAUUGGAAAUCUGUUAGGUGUUUGCUGUAAAAGGCUCCCUAAUCUCAGAGUUUUGAGGCCACUUUGGGGACGUUAGAGAACUUCUCAAUUAAUCUGCAAGUAGGUACAGUGAGGACAGUGUGACUCUCCUGACCCCUUUGCUGAGAAUGAUGUGGCUCUGUGUCCCAGAUAGUGCCUAGCUCAAGUUGGACAAAUAGAUUGAAGUUUAUCUCAGAAAAAAAUUGGACUGCUGGUUGGCACUGAGAAGCAGCCAGAGGCAAUAUUAGUCCUUGAGGACAGCAGGCCUGCUGUUAGAUCUCUAGUCAAAUGAAAAAUUUAACAGGCAAAAUUAGCCCAGCUGGUUGACAGCAUGUUUCAGAAGUAAUCCAGAUGGGCUUUUGACUGACUGGGGUUUUUGUUGACCUGGCGUCUUUUUGUGGCCUGGCCCUUUUUUACUAACCUUUAAAAAAAAUUCACUUUCAAAUUGGUACUGGCACACAGAGCAAGGGGUUGUUUUGCUGAAAAGGCAUCCCAGCAAUGUGUGUGAUACUACGGCUCCAGGAUCUACCUCUUGAUUGCUAGGUGGAGUUUGAAGUACUUCAUGGAAUCUUUGAGGAUCGAUAAGAGUUCCCUUUUGACUAACUAGUUGUGUGUUGUUGAGACAGAGUUACAGUAGAGCCUGGAGGUGGGACAUCUUACCGGUUGUAUCUAGAUGUAGAUUAACAGAAUGGAAAAGAAUGCAGCUGUUUUCAUUUAUCCCUAAUCCUUCACUCCUGAUAUCUUUAGAGAUGUUUACAUAUCAUCCAAAGAUAUUGGAGAUAGAUGCCAUAUACUCUUAGGAGGUGCAAACUCAAGGCUCUGUCUCCUCUUUUUCUUUCCUUUUGCAUGAGCUUUUCUCCAUUUCUGUCUUACAGAUUCAAUGAGAAAAACAUGUUUCAAUAUAAAUUCCUGUAUGUACAUCAUUUUGAGGAAUACAUUGCAAAAUUACAGUGCAAAGCAUGGAUCUAAAUCACUUGAGCUAAUGAAGAUAUUAAAACAUAAACUUGAAAGUGGCUGUGUGCUGUGCUAAUACAGAAGAGGCAGGAUCAAUUAGUUGGCAUGUUGUUUAUGUUCCUACUGUAACUCCUUCAAGGUGUUCUAGUUUUUUCUUUCAAAGUGAGAAAUGAGCUUGUCAUUUAAGUAUAAACUUUUAAUACCUUAUAAAAAAUAAAACCAAAAUAACUGAGUAAAUCCAUUCAGAUUGAUGUUACUUUGUUGGAGUUUAGUACUUUUCUGAUGAAAACCACAAUUCAGUAAGCAAAAAAACCCAGUUUAAAUUAAACUUUAACUGUCUUGGGCUCAGUUAGUGUGCUCCAUACUGCUUCAGAAACAAAGCACUAGUGUUUGGACUCUUUUUUUUUUCUUCCUAAUUUUCUGACGUUACACAUUUGUAUUUCAGAUGUGACUAGAUCAUUGCUGUGAACUUCAAUGCCUUCUGAGUAAUUAAUGUGCUAGUACAGACAUAUAAAGCCAGAGAACAAAUGUGAGUAUGGCAGAUAUCAGCCGAUCAAUGUGGGAAGCCAGAAGUCACUGGUAAUGUGAUUUUAAAAUUAAAGAAAGAAGUUCUGUACUUAAAUUAAUCUCCUCUCAUGUUAAAUCUCCAAUUCUAUCUUUUUUUGUAAAUCAUCUUUAAAGCUGUUUAACAAGUCUCUAGAGAUGAAGUCAGCCAAGUGGGUGAAUGGAACUUGUAUUUAUAAAUAUGGAAUCCAGAUGGCAAAACACAGAAAUGGGAACCUAGUGGAUGAUGUCAGAAUGAAAUUUGUUAAGACGUAGCUAGAUGAAAGCACUAGGCAUUUACUUUUCAGCUGACACACGUUCUAGGACAGCUGAGAAAAUUGUUUAGGAGAUCUUAGAACAAAAACCUAUUCCAUGAGUGUUAUAACUUGAAUCAACCUUGAUUUGUGAUGCAGCUGGGUAAAGGUGCUCUAGAGAAAAGAAGUAACACAAUUACCAAUUCAUGUAUUUUCCCACUUUUGUUUGUUUGUUUGUUUUCCAAACUCCUUUCCAUUGUGCGAACCUGGUAUUGCUACUGAGAAGAAACAGCAGCUGUCAGUUGGAUUUUCAGUACCAGAUUGUCUGCUGACAGGUUUCUCUAUACACUGCAAUUGGACUUUGCAGCAUCUUGUUUGUGUCUUAGUUACUAACUGAUCAGUAGCACUCACCCAGCAUGUGGGAAACAAGUGCUUUUCCUCUACGGAGCUGUAAGUGAGAAUAUUUGUCUUUAGCAAUGAGAGCCAGAAGGAAAAGGCAGUGAAUUUCCCGCCCCCAUUUUGUAGUUCAGUGCCUAGUAUUAGCUAAAGAUGUGAGACACCUGGAUUUAAUUCCCCUACCCAUCUGAGCACAUUCAUCUGUGUGCCAGGCCUUAAAAUCCUACCUAUGUAGGUGAUUUAUCUAAUAUCUUUUUAGUAUAGACUGUAUCAUCAGUCAGUAGAAGACAGAGGGUAUUCCAGAUUUUCCUUUGCAUAGGUGAGUACCUGCAAGAGUUAUGCUUUUCCUUUGUCUCUCUCUGUUAAGGAGUAUUUAGCUGUUGAAGUAGACAAGGCGAGGUAUCCUUCAUCAUCCUACUGAUCACUGGUUUGAGUAAUUUCCUGUGAGUGUAGGAUACAGACCUGCAGCCUCUCAGGCAUAGGUAGGAAAUAAGCUUUUGUUCCCUGUGUGGUGAGUGAGCACUGUGUAUACCGAACAGUUAAGAGUUAUUUUAAAAUACUUGAGAAGAGCCAGUAGAGUGGAUCUGGUAAUUCCCCAGGGCACAGCAGUGAGGCUGGCUACCCUACCUGCCAUCAUCCUGAUAGAUUUGGUAGGUUGUAAGUACAGAAAUCCUGUGAGGGCUGGAGGCACUACUUUGUUGAGGAAGUACCCAAAAAUCUUCUGUGUGUGCAUUGUGUAAAUCCGUAGGCUCUCUUGAACAGGCAAGAAGUUGUUUGCUCCUUAUUAAGUUCUCAAAAACAGUUGUGUAAUGAGUGUUAAACAUUAUUCUUGGAUCAUUAAUUGCUAGUGAUGAGGAAAUUAGACUGCUGUGAACGAAGCCAACAAGGCUUUUUAACCUGGGCCUUAAAACAUAGUGAAGACUGUCAAAAUAGACCAGAGAGUAUACUUACAACUUUUCCACUACUUCAUAGGGCCAGCAUUUUGUGGUUGGAGGAUAUUUUGCUCGGGGUUCUUGGAAAGUGCUUUUUUAAAAUGAAAUGCAACAUGAAGGAGUAAUAAUCUAAUACCGUGACGCUCAGAAUAAAACUGUUGAAGAACUAAUUGGUUGCUUGUGAUCUCUUGCUGUAGUUAAGGUCUUUUUCAAUUUAUACUGGCAGACAUC